CGUUGCUCGGUGUGCUGCUACACUAUUUCCGAUACCGCUCUUAUGUAACAUUGCGUGUGGCAAAGACUAGUGUCGAAUGCGGGAGAUAUAAGUAUGUUUGUGGAGUGAUCGCUGGUAGUGAGGCGCGACGCCAUGGAGCAGUGGCCGCUUACAACAACUUCUGAGAGCCAAGGCAUAUCCCUCGAUGAACUCGACCUUCUGUCGGAGAUCAACAGUGAUCUGCUUAACGACCCUGCGCUACUGAACCUUGGAGGAAUCAAGGAAGAAGACUUCACCUUCAAUCUAGACUUAGAGACACCUCAAACAGCCACCUCGCAGGUUCAGCCUCAGACUGCUGGGCCAACAUCUUCCCAGCAACCAACUCAAUUACAAUCAACGCCAUUGGACAAUGGGUUGCCUACCCAACUACCUUCAACGGGGCCUUUAUCAACACCAGUUAAUGUGUUAAGCGCACAGAACCCUCCGGUGAAUAGUGUAGUGCUUCCAGCCCGACCUUCCCAAGUUCAACAGGCGGCAGCUAACCUGCCACCAGUCAAACAAGUACAGGUGACAGUUGCUGGAGUGUCAUCCGCCAAUUCCACAAGUAGCAAUAAUGCCCAGUUUAUUCCGCAUUUCGCUACUGCUAAUGGAGCUAAUCAGCAAAUAUUGCGGGCGCAGCAAGUGCCACCCACUACAACCAUCGUUGGUUCAACCUCCGCGCAAACAGCGCAGACACAACUGGGUCAACAGAAAAUACUGGUGCACCAUAUUCCUCAUUUUGGAGGAGUUUCGCCAAAUAUUGUAGUGAAUACCACUUCAACAAAUCAUAAGUCGUUAUCAGUCACUGAUCUGCUACGUAUUAACCCGGAACAAAAGGUGCAACUGGUGAUCAAGAAAUCCGGCGAAAUUGUUUCACCACCGAAUGUGGUCAAUAUCCCUUUAGUUCUCGAAGGUGAUCAUAUGACACUGGGGCAACUGAAUGUCAGCCAAUCUCCUCCACCACCCGAACGAAAAAAUUCACACAAUGCAAUCGAGCGGCGCUACCGAUCGUCGAUUAAUGACAAAAUCGUUGAACUCAAGGACAUUGUUGCCGGUACUGAAGCGAAAUUGAACAAAAGUGCUGUUCUCCGAAAAGCUAUAGACUAUAUUCGGUUUCUGCAAAAUGCAAAUACACGACUUAAAAAGGAAAAUGCUGCCUUGCGUUGCGCUUUGCAACAGAGCAGUCAGUCCGUUCCGUGUGUUGAUAUGCCAACUGUAAAUGGUGGUAAACUUAUCAACGUAGCCGCCACCCCACCACCCAGCGACCCCUCGAUGAUCGAUUCAAGCUCAGAGCCUUCAUCACCGCUUUCCCCGCAAGCCGUGUCUGCAUAUACGAACUCAGGCAUGCGCGACAUGACCCGUGUGUGCCUGUGCAUAUUUGGACUAUGUAUGUUUGCUCUGAAUCCAAUGAAUCUAGUCUUGCGUGGUGCAUCCUCAGCUAUCGACCCGUGGAAGGGUGGCCGCGCCAUUCUAUCGGAUAAAGACGACGAGCCUUCUUGGUGGCCUGGAGUUUUUUUCAGCCCCUAUGUUAUUUGGACUGUCAACUUCCUUUUAUUAUUAUUGUGCCUUGGCGACGUUAUUCUCUUUGGUGAUCCAGUCAUGUCACCCGAGCAAGAACGAAAAUUCUGGAUAUUUAAAAAGCAGGCCCAUUUUGAUCUGACGAAUCAAAACUAUGAGGCGGCAUACAAUAAUUUUGAGAUGUGUCUUGAAACGCUAGUCGGCGCACCAACUGCGGUACCUCGAUCAAUACUUCAAACAUGGACAUGUCUCAUUUGGCAAAUGCUGCGACAACUUAUGCAUCGUAUCUAUAUCGGAAAGUUCCUUUUUAGAUUUAGCAGGAAACGUUACGCGAAGAAAAUUGAGGCGUCUGUGAACCAUCUGUCCGAAACAUACCACAAUCUACAUCAGUUACAUUUUGUGCUCAACAAGCGUUCUAACUGCCUCGGCCUCUGCUAUGCUCUAGCAGCGGUUAACUACGCUGAAUUAGGUACCCACUCGACGGAGCAUUUGACGGACACGUUCUUGACGUGCGCGCUCAGGCUCAUCAAGUGUCUCUUGUCGCGAUUCCAUUUUCUGGCUCGCUUCAUGAUCUACCGGGGUCAGCAAUCUGCCCCUGGAGGAUACGAUCACCAAUGGAUUUUCACCCCAGAUGGCUAUCGCUUCGUCACGGGCCAUCUAUCACUGAACCAUUGUCCUCGUACAUUGACGAACUCGCUCGAACAGAAGAUGGUCGAACCUCUGGAUCUCGUGGCUCAGCAGUAUCGCUGGUUUCUUCUUGAAAGGGCCAUUGAGAGCUUGAGCCCCCAAACACUGGCAGCGGCUAAAGGCCGUGACGGUGGCAGGCGUGCCGCUACCGAUCGUUGCCUUGCCCUACUUGCCGAGCUGGAAAGGUGCCGCCAACGACGUUCGUUUGUGUUCGGAUACAACUGGGACAGCAACUGCGUCGGGGACACCUCUACCUGGUGGAAAGAGAUGCUAAGGGCUGCCAUCCUCUGGGAACGGGGACAAUCUAAGGACAUCAACUACGUGGUAAUCGAGCACAUGCCAGCCGAGUUAUGGGAAAGCGAAGCACAUCCGUUGGCUCGCACGUUACUCAGUUCUUUCCAGGCGCGACGUUGCUACCUGGAUGGAAGCUUCAAGGAGGUUACGGCAUUGGAAACGGAAUUGGACACGUGUUCACGGCUCAUCAAAGACUGCAUGUCCUGGACCGAGAUGGAGCUUCAUGGUGUCACAUGUCCACAGGACGUGGCAUCUGUUUAUGUCUGUCUUUUGAUAGCAGUCGAAUGGCUUCUACAAACGCGUAUUGACCUUUGGGAGGAAAAUAAAAACAUCGAUUUGGUAGGUUUUUGUCGUGAUCACCGUCAGCUGCAAGAAGUCCUUAGAUAUUUCGGCGAGUCGGGCCAGGCUAAAAUGCGGCUUUACGAGGGAUUGGAGCGUCUUGUAGCUGGAGCCAACCCUGUGGAGACUCAUCGCCUGCUCGAGGAAUGCGUUCAGAGGCGCCGGAACAAGUAUUCCAUUAUCUGCGCCAACAAAAUGGCCGCUGAAAGAGUCAACAUAGAAGAUGCUCAUGGGCUCACAUUGGCCUGCAAGUACCUGGAAAGUAUGUUUGAAUCGACUGAGUCACGUAAUGUUGCCCUCUCCGAGGCCUCCCAGCUGUGGAUGCUUCUUGGGAACCAGACGAUGGCCCUCCGGUGUCAAAAGCUCAUGCAUUUUGCCAGCGGCGCUGCCAUCGCUGCAGCUCACUGAAAAUAGGCUUAUCAGCUAUUUGACUUUUAAUAGGAAUUCGAAAGCAAAACAGCCGAAGAAAUGGCUGACAGGUAGAAGUUGCUCUUGCGGCUGGCCGACGGAAAAAGCCGCCAACACUGGAUCUGGUAAUUCAGCUACCAUUCUCUUAUUGCUUGCUGUCGCCGAUGACAGCUGUCAAUGAAGGAAUUACAUCUACAUCAGAACGCAACAACGCAUCCGGACCAAACCAAUCAUCCGUCUGUCAUCUGAACUAAAAUUCCCCGAAAACAAUUGCGUUAACAGCACGUUUUGUUCCUAUGCCAACCAUUUGGUUGUGACUCCAGGACAGUUCUAACAAAUCCUGCUGCGUUACAUGCAUUGGUCGUGUACCUGAAACCGAUUAGAACUUACCUUCUGUGCGACCUUACUUUCAUCGCAGGGCAAAUAUCGACAGGAAGCAGCGCAAAAAUUAUGACCUAAUUAUGAAAACAAUUUCGAUAUCUUGCCGAAUCAAGUUAAUGGACGGUAUUGUUCUGAAAAUUCUAUAUAAUGAAAGAAAUAUUUUUGUUGCCCUAAUCAGACUAGCCAUCGUUUCCGAACCCCAACACUCCGUCAAUAAUUCAGUGUACUUAGUAAAUAGGGACUUCUCGUUGAUAUGCAUGUACGCAUGGAUGAAUGUGUAUCUGUUAAUAUAUGUGAAUUUUGACAUUUUUUUUUACAUACUACAAUAUAAUGUACGUAUUA